AAAUGACUUGUAGAGUCAUACCUACCGCUGUUGGGAAGACGUAUACGUAAAACACGGGCGCAGACAUGUUGGCCAUACUUGUUAUCGCUCUUCUGGCACCGACGGCAUUGUCAGCCGACGUUGUGUACGUGACAUCCAUCCAGGGCUGGGAGUACUACAAGGUUCGUGUGUCCGGUCAGAUGACACAGACUAACAUCCAGGCAGCCUGCGUGGCAGAAGGCAUGCUGUUCCCGUGCAUGCGGGCCAACCCGGACUGCGGCGGCGGCCAGCAGUGGACGGCCGACUGCCCCGCCCUCCCCGAUAACGGGACCGACCCGGGAGCCUGCCGGGUUCAGGUCAUCAUGUCCCUGAGCGCGUGUGGUAUUCCCGAGCCGUACAUGUGCCCGCUGAUGGACGACACGUUCAUCUACAUCCCUGGCUUCUCCGCUAGCGAGACGUGUGGGAUCGACCUAGACGGGCCUACGUGGUGCGUGGAUGGAGGCCAGGUCAGCGACCUGUACGCCACCUGUGUCAAACAGCACGUGAAUGGAUGUCUGAACCAUCCGUGUUUGAACGGCGGCCAGUGUUCAGACCUAACUGACGGUUACCAGUGCAUCUGUCAGACUGGAUGGACAGGCCAGAACUGCGAAACCGAUGUGGAUGAAUGCGCCAGCAAUCCUUGUCAAAACGGAGCGACCUGCACAGACGGGCUGAACGGAUACCUCUGUACCUGUACACCCACGUGGACCGGUGAUCACUGUGAAACUAGGCAGCCUGUCGAAGACCUCGUUUACGACGGCAAGUGUUACCGGCUGUCCUCUUCCUCCGCUACCCACGCCGACGCACAGGCAAGCUGCACCGCCAUGGGUGGACGCCUGGCGGUCGUAAAGGACGCUGGGGCACAGGCCUUCAUCGUCAACCAGAUCCGCCAGGAGGCGCUAGUGUCACACUGGAUCGGUCUCAAGACCACAAGCGUCACUUUCCAACACAUCGAUCAAUCACCAUUAUCAGGAUACACAAACUGGAUGCCAGGAGAGCCUGCCGAGCUCUGUGUACUUAUGGACAAAGACAACGAUUUCAAGUGGAAGGCGGAAUUCUGUGACAGUCUUCACAACUAUGCCUGUGAAUCGGCCGAGGGACCCUGUCGUCUCAACGUCUGUCAAAAUGGCGGCAACUGUACGGCCUGCUUCGGCGACGAUUUGGUGCAGUGCGCCUGCCCACCUGGCUUUGAGGGAGAACACUGUGAAAUCGAUAUCGACGAAUGUACGUCCUCGCCCUGUCAGUUUGGCGGGACGUGUAAGGACGGGAUCGACUCUUACAUCUGCACCUGUGUGCCUGGGUACACCGGGGACAACUGUGAGCAAGACAUUGACCUGUGCCACCCCAACCCCUGUCCGUUCGGCUGGGAAUGUGUGGACACAGGGCCGUCCCUCACUUGCAACGCGUUAGGGUUCGACCACGGCCAUGCCCAUGUACGGGCGGCAGUUCCCCGCCACAGCUGCACCAAGUCGUCCUGUCCUGCCGGCAUGACGUGUGCUGAGGCCGGCCCGGGCUCCUACUCCUGCACGGUCGGCUGAGGAACAGCCUGUCUUCCGUAACCAACUCCGCAUCCGCACCGAUAUACGCUACUGUACAUGUAUCCAGAAUUAGAACUGGGCAAAUCUAGUCCUGUGGCUUAUUUGGUUAGAGAUAGGUUCAGGCAGUGUUCUGGAUAGUCUAAGUUAAUGUAUAUCCUAGAACCAAGUACGUUAUAACGCCCUUGCUAGGAUCAACGACGUCCUUCGGUUCUGGCACGGAUCUGGAUACAUGUGAACUGCCCAGAACUGUGCCUAUCUAUUUCUAUGUCUGAUUUGGUUAGAGUCAGGAUCAGACAUGGUUUUUUUAUAGUCUUAGCGUAUCCAAGAACGUAGAUUUGUCCCUGGCACGCACGAUUCUGGAUAUACGCGUAGACUAUCCAGAACCAUGUCUGAGCACGGUUCUGGAUGAAGCACGGUUCUGAAUACAACACCCGCGACAUACGCGCUUGCUAGAUUAGGGUUACUGGGGUUUACUAUCAGUAACUACACCUUUCUACAGCAACAAACACAAUCAAAACAUUUACAUUGACUGUAUGCUAUAAAAGCUUCCAAACCUUGCAAUAGAAUGGCUUUAUUUUAGAAGACGUGUUAUUCUUCGUAGUGACAUGUGAGAUAUUUGAAAAAAA